AUGCUUCCUCGACUCCCUGAUGCUCGUCGUACACGGACACUGGCUGCCCUCCUGGCUGCCCAUCUACUGCAGCUACUGGCGUAUAUGUCUAUGCUGUAUGAUGCUAGCAUGGCUCGGGCUGUACCUGUACCUUAUCAUACCUCUGCACUAUCUGGUCAAGCCUGGGUUGAUGAACUGUAUCAUAGCCAGCACCCAGACCGGAUUCUUUGUGAAUUGGGUGUACGUCGGCAUAUUUUCAACAUACUCAUUUCCGAGCUUCGCUGGAUGGGCUAUACUGAGUCACGGCAUAUCUCAUUGGAAGAAAAAUUGGCUAUCUUUCUCUAUACUUGCGUAACUGGUCUUUCUAUCCGUCAUGUGGGGGAACGUUUUCAACACUCAAAUGAGACUAUUAGCAUUUACUUCAAAGAAAUGUUGGAUGCGUUCUCUGGUCCCAACUUCUAUAACCGCUAUGUCCAUUUACCCACCGCCACCACACCCCAACCCCAGCACUUUGCCAAUAAUCCCAUUUUCAUGCCCUUUUUCAAAGAUGCUCUAGGUGCCAUUGAUGGCAGCCAUAUUCCAUCCUGGCCAUCCAAAGAGGAACGCCAAUACCAUCGUGAUCGAAAGGGCCAAGUCUCAAAAACAUCCUUUGCUGCUGCUCCUUUGAUAUGCGGUUCCAAUAUGCAGUUACUGGAUAUGAUGGCUCAGCAGCCGAUGCAACAAUACCGGGCACCUGUAAAUGCACAGGAGUUAUUCAACCUGCGGCAUGCUCAAGCACGGAAUGUGAUCGAACGUAUAUUUGGAGUUCUCAAGAAGAGAUGGGCCUGUUUAUGCACACCACUCAAGUAUAACAUGACCAUCCAGGCUCGAGUUCCAUCUGCUUUGAUUGCCAUUCACAAUCUUAUUCUCCGUUAUGAUCCUGUGGAGGCUACAGAUGUUCUAUAUAAUGAGGAUGAAGAUAUUUGGGACCCAACACCACGAAACGAAUCAGCUCCCGAUGAGCUCAGCAAUCAAAUGGCUGUUCCUCAAGCUGAGCAGGCAGAGGCGGAGGCUCGACGAAAUGCAAUUGCAGAAGCAAUGUGGAUCCAAUACCAGAGCUACCUAAACAACUAA